CUCACAAUCUUCAUUGAGCUACAGUACUAAAAUGAUUGAAAUCUUAGUAAAGAUUCUUGUGUGUUUCAUUUGCGGCAGCUCCCUGCUCAUUUAUUUGGCGUUACGGAAGCAAUAUUCAUAUUUUAAGGAGCACGGUAUACCACAUGACAAACCAGCGUUUUUUUUCGGUAAUCUUCGAGAAUUUAAUCGCACAAAAUCAUUGUACGAUAUUUUUCGAGAAUUUUAUACGAAAUACAAAGGAACUGCACGAUUCGUUGGAUUUUAUUUAUUUAUACGAAAAGCAGUCGUAUUAUUCGAUCUCGACUUAAUGCACAAUAUAUGCAUUAAGGAUUUUGCAUAUUUUACAGAUCGAGGAAUGUAUUAUAAUAAAAAAGAUGAUCCAAUUUCUGCUCACAUGCUGCUUUUAGAUGGAGAGCACUGGAAAAAUUUGCGAACAAAAUUUACUCCAACUUUCACAUCAGGAAAAAUGAAAAGUAUGUUUACCACUGUCGUCGAUGUAGCUGAUCAAUUAAUCAAUGUUUUGGAAGAUGAACGAAAGUCUGCAGAUAUGAAUGUAGGAAUUGAUUUUGCAGAUCUUAUGUCACGCUAUACAACAGAUGUUAUUGGAAGUGUUGCUUUCGGUUUAGAGUGCAAUAGAUUAAAGGAUCCCACCAGUAAAAUAAGUAAAACUUGUCAAAAGAUUGGUUAUUUUAAACACAGUAUGCCUGUUGUUUCGCUUAUGAACACUUUUCCAAAUUUGGCUCGAAAACUGGGAAUGAAAUUAUUUCCAAAUGAAAUUUCAGACUUUUUCUUUCAAAUUGUUCGUGACACUGUUGACUAUCGUGAACGAACAGGAAUGAAACGAAAAGAUUUUCUUAAUAUUUUAAUGGAGUUAAGAAAAUCAGAAACUUCAGAUCCUUUAACAAUGGAAGAAAUGACAGCACAAACGUUUUUAUUCUUUGUAGCAGGUUCUGAAACAAGUUCAAGUGUAAUGGGUUUUUCUUUAUACCAAUUGGCCUUAAAUCCAGAUAUACAAGAGAAGGCUCGGACGGAAAUGAAUGAAGUUAUGGCUCACCAUGAUGGCAAACUUACUUAUGAAGCAGUUCAAGACAUGAAAUAUUUACUCCAAGUUAUGUAUGAAACUGUUCGUAUGUACACAGUAACUCCUUUUCUUUUACGCCAAGCCGUCAGUGACUACAAAGUGCCAAAUUCAAAUCACGUUAUACAAAAGGGCACUAUAGUGAUUAUGCCAAUGGAUGCUUUACACUAUGAUCCAGAUAUAUAUCCAGAUCCUCAACGUUUUGAUCCUGAACGAUUCUCAACAAAAGAAACUGAAAAACGUCAUCCAAUGACAUUUCUGGGUUUUGGUAAAGGACCACGAGUUUGUAUUGGUUACAGAUUUGCCCAUAUGCAAAUUAUAAUUGGUUUAUAUUUGAUGCUUAAGAACUAUCGGUUUUCUACGACAAAGGAAACACAGAUACCUAUGAAAUAUAAAUUGAAAAAACAGUUUCGUGACGCUGAAAAGGGAGUUUAUUUGAAAAUAGAAAAAUUGUGAAUGAUAUGUAAAAUUUUAAUAUCUGUUUGUAAGAAAUUAUUAGUCAAUUUAUAUAAAACGGACAGGUUAAAUAAUUUUCGUGCAAAUCGCAAUAAAUAUUAAAAGAAUAAUUAAUCAAAAAUAUUGACAAAUAUUACUAUCUGACCAGAUUAAUAUAGUCAUGUUUGAAGC